UGAUUUUAACGCAGCGCUCUCAAAGUGAGAGUGUGUUAUUGAGCUUCAAAAAUGAGGCAGAUCUUGCACAUCGCGCUCGUCGUAUUUUUUUUAAUUAUUUAUAUCUUCCCAGACUGCAAUGGACGGAGAAGUUUACAGGGUAGCAAGGUCAUGCGAAGGAAAACAAUAAUAAAAUGCUGCGGGAAAAAAAGUUGCCUUUCCGUAAGAAGGAAAACCCACCCGCGGAACAUCACCAGGGAAACGACUGUUUUCAGCUCAAAACAAAGUCCAUUUGAAGUCCAGAAGACGACUGAAACGAGUGAUGAUGUGGAAAUUGAACUAGGAAUGACUGAUGAAACAACGCAAAUUGACCCUGGUGCUGGCGUUGAAAUUACCACCAAUGUGCAAGAGAAUUUGAAACAAGAUGUUACUGCAGAUUCUGCGACAACACCAGAAGUAUCGAAAAUUCCAAUCUCCAAGGAAGCAACAAGCACCACAGAAAAACCCUUGCCUGAUGGGAUACCAAGUUGCGGGCAACCCUUACUCGAUAGUUGUCAAACACAGGGGAAAGUUUUGCAAAUGCAGUUGGGUACAGAUUCAACUGAAGGGAGGUAUCUAAAAUCAUUCGGAAGGAAAUAUUUCAUCAGCAAUCUAAAAUUGAAUGUGACGACGGCUAAAAGAGUGUGCUGUGCUCAGAAAAUGCAGCUCUUAAGCAUCACGUCUGCCUCAGAGCAUCAAUAUGUGGCUUCACUGAAUGACGUUUUGAAACAAUCGGCAAUGACAUACUGGACAAGUGGAACUGUUGGGAAAGGAGGGAGCUUUUGGUGCUCAUCGGAACAACUGGUUCCGAUUCCAAAUAAUUUGAACUGGCUGCAAAAAAACGCUUCCAAUCCAAAUUCGGAAUUUUGUCUGACAUUUGAAAUGAACGUUGGUGAUGCCUCGAAGAGCGGUCUCAAGUUUGCAGAUUGCAAUGCGGAAAAACUCUUCAUUUGCGAGACAACUGAACCAACAUGCCCAACCCCAGCAAUCUCUAAAAAUACCGCCAUGUUUGAUGAGGACGGCAAUAUUUUAACUCCACAAGUACAUGGUAUAUGGGAAAACGGCGCAAAUGCCACGUUUCUCUUUGGAUUUUCCCUGGCCACUUGGUCUGAAACUUGGAAAGAAUGCUCAAAAUUUGGCAUGAUGCCUCUGUCAUUUUCUUCAAAAAUUGAAUUAGACUUUGUUUUCGAUCUUCUCGGAGGUUGGGGCAGCAGCAUUAAUUACUGGACCGCUGGCACUCGAGAGGACUACGCGACGAAGGGUCCAGUAUGGUGUACAGAUCGAGCAGAAAUUAACAAGGCUGUCGUUCAUGUGCAAAACGCCGCUAACGAGUCGAUAAUGGGAAAAUUCGAUUGCAUUGCAUUUUUGGUCAAAAAAAUCGCUACAAAUGUUUUGAUUACGUUUGACGGAUCAUUCGAUUUUCGGAAUUGUAGUAUUAGACAAUUUCUAGCCUGCAAAGGCCCUCUGACACCAAAACCAUCUUUCUUUAGACAGACGUGCCCUAGAAACAUUGCAAGAAAUUUAUCUCUAUUCAACUUAUCAACAGGAUUUUUAAACGAACCAUCUUCGUUUGGUCAAUGGGUGUCAAAAUGCAACAAAUUCUUUGUUAUUGCGGAUCCGACGACGGAUCAGACCAAUGAAACAGUGAAAAUCACUUGGGACGAGGCCCGCAAAAGGUGUAAUAGCAUCGGGUUCAGGCUGAUCAGUUUCGACUCCAGGGAAAAGUUCGAUUGUCUCGUGAACGUGUCUCAAAACAAUCUGGCGCCCUUCUGGACCUCUGGCGCCUAUCUCGACUGCAAAAGCAGCACGAAGUACGUGUGGUGCGGCAGUAACCGCAACCUCAACAUGAACGACGUCGUUUGGGACAAAAAUCAGCCUCCGCAAUCCGCAACUAAAACUUGCAUUAGCGGAGUCUUCAAUUUGCAAACGGGCGUUUCCCUUCAGGCAGUCGACUGCGAUUCUAGUUUGUCAUUUAUUUGCGAGGCUGAUAAUACUGAAGGCCAUAGUUUGGCCUACGCAAAGUACGAGCAGUGCCAGAUACUUUUACAAGUGUCAAAAGCUGAAGUGGACUCUCUUUUCUUAGGCCUAAGUUUGUCUUCGAAACUUAAAUGCUACAUGAGAUGCUUGGGCGAGAGUUUAAGUUUGAUCGACUCCAACGGGAGGAUUGUCGAUUUAGCAAUCAUCAAUCUCAUUCAAUCAGUGGUCAUGAGCGUGGAGCAAGUGGAAAAAAGCUUUGACAUACUUAACAUUUGCAAAAAUCUUAGCGGAGCUGAUGCAUGUGAAUCGGAGGCCCGCAUAUUCGAGUGUGGAAUGCAGAGAGCCCCAGACAAAAUAUAUGCCAUGGUCACCUACUCCGUAACUGAUUUUCAGACGGCGCCAUUAAUUGGAUAUCCAAAUGAUUCUUGUCCCUAUGACGUGUCAACAUGCACUUUAAAUGCUACUGCUGCUGAUAAUGUUGCAAACAACAAGACGGUUGAUGGAAUGCUCUAUUUUGUUGAGGCGUGCGGGAAAAAGUACCAGGUGUCAGAAGAAUCUAAGAAUUAUGCUGACGCUGCUCGCAAGUGUUGCGAAAUGGGCAUGACUCACGCAUAUUUCAACUCUUACGAUGAUUUUAAGUGUUUCUUAGCUGCAGAUGAAGCCUUGAGCAAAUCGAGGGCUGGAAAGCAGUACAGUGUUUCAGUCUAUGCGGGCCGAUCGUUGCCCAUUUUUACCUGGUGUCCAAGCAAGGUUCCGGUGGAAAUCGGUUUCAAGUGGGGCAGACAACUGAAUGCUCUGGUUAACAAGUGCGCCUAUAUUGGAUGCAACAACACUUUCUUCCUUGAGCCGCUCGUCCCAGUCGCCUGUGACACCGAGAUGCAAUUUAUUUGCAUGAGCGUGUAGCACAAUUUUCACAAUAUUUGCUUCAAAUAAUUGGAAGAGUAUGAAAAAGAAAUAUUUUACUUUAGUGUUCUUAUCUGACAUUUAUGCGAUGAUUUUCGACUCGUUUUAUGCACGACAUAUUUUGUUUUCAACUUAUAUAUUAAUACAAAUAGUCUUGGAACUCUUGAAUAAAAACUUUUGAAUGAC